GUACAGUAGUUAUCUUGGUGGAGAAAUUUUAAAGUUAUUCUAAAUAUGUUUAUUGAUUUAUUUUAUUUCAAGUACUAUUAAGAUAGUUUAUUGCGUAUUUUUAAUAAAAUAUCUCAGUGAUUUUGUACAUUGAUCAGGAAUUAUUGUCAAAAUGUCGCGAGCAAUAUGUCUGAUCGUUAUUUUGCUUCUUGCAAGUAACACAUUUGCUAAGAUAUAUAAUAAAGGAUGGUGGAAAAAUGCAGUAUUCUAUCAGGUUUAUCCGCGAAGUUUCAUGGAUUCGAAUAACGAUGGUGUAGGUGAUUUAAACGGAAUAUUAUCGAAACUACAGCAUUUCGUAGACUCCGGAAUCACUGGCAUUUGGCUAUCGCCGAUUUACACAAGUCCGAUGGUUGAUUCCGGAUAUGAUAUUUCCGAUUUCAAAGAUAUCGAUCCGACUUUUGGUACAAUAGGAGAUAUAGAGAAGUUAAUUGCUCAAGCGAAAAAACUCGGUAUAAAGGUGAUUUUGGAUCUAGUUCCAAAUCACACUUCUGAUAAGCAUGAGUGGUUUAGAAAGAGUCUUAUUGGAGAAGGCAAAUACAAAGAUUAUUAUAUAUGGAAAACUGGCAAUAAUAAUAAUCAAUCACCGCCCAAUAAUUGGAUCAGCGUAUUUAGUGGCCCAGCUUGGAGCUUUGAUACGAAUCGUAAUCAAUGGUAUUUUCAUCAAUUUGAAUAUAGGCAACCUGAUCUGAAUUAUAGUAACCCCGAGGUGCGAGAUGAAAUGGAAGAUGUGAUUAGAUUCUGGCUACGAAAAGGCAUCGACGGAUUCCGUGUGGAUGCUAUUCCGCAUUUGUUCGAAGAUGCAAAUUUUCCGAAUGAACCCAGAAGUUACGCGCCGGGAGCUACUGAACGUGAUUAUUCGUAUUUAGAGCAUAUUUACACUAAAGACGAUCCACGCACGUACGAUCUGGUAGCAAGUUGGCGAAAAGUUUUGGACGAUUACGCGGAUUAUCAUAACGAGGAUGAAAAAGUGAUAAUGACUGAAGCUUAUACGAGUUUGGAGAAUACUACGAAGUAUUAUAAAUUUGGCUCACAUGUGCCUUUUAACUUCAAAUUUAUUUCGGAUGUGAAUAAUGUUUCUAAAGCUGCGGAUUUUAAACGCAUUAUCGAUGACUGGAUGUUUCAAACGCCGAAUGAUGAGAGUCCAAAUUGGGUGAUGGGAAAUCAUGAUAAAAGUAGAACUGCAUCUCGUUAUCCUGGAAGAGGAGAUCAAAUGAUAAUGUUAGAGAUGAUCUUACCUGGUAUCGCAGUUACUUACAAUGGCGAAGAAAUCGGCAUGCUUGAUAAACGGGAUAUAUCUUGGGAGGACACGCAGGAUCCUCAAGCUUGUAAUGCUGGAAAGGAUAAAUAUCAGAAUCUAUCGCGCGACCGCAAUCGCACGCCAUUUCAGUGGGACGCCACAAAGAAUGCUGGUUUCAGUAAAGCUAAUCACACAUGGCUUCCUGUACAUGAAAACUAUAUCGAAUUGAAUUUAGCAAAGCAAAAAAUCGCCAACGAGUCACAUUACAAGAUCUAUACUUCUUUAAUUAAGAUGCGUCAACGCGAAGCAGCGCUACAACAGGGAAAUCUUACGACGUUGGUACAGAGUAAUGACCAAGUCUUGAUUGUAAUUCGGCAGUAUAAUGAGCAAAGCAUAAUACUUCUUAUCAAUUUCAAUGACAAAAUCGCCCAAAUAGUCGAUUUAACGAGCCAAGGACUUGCAAACAAACUUGUUGUUGAAGUUGUCACUAUCGGUUCUCCAAUUAAAAAAGGAACGACGGUGAACACAAAAGAAAUAAACUUGCCUGCUAAAGCUGCUCUCGUUCUUGCUUCAAAAAAGAACUAAGGUAUACAUGAAGAGAAUAAACAAUUCUUUAAUAUAUGAACAGAUGUUAAAUAAAAGGAUGCGCAUUUGGUAACAUAUUUAUAUAUUUAUAUAU